AGAUACAAGUUUCUCUAAAUUCUUUCAUAUUUGUCAUGCAUUCCAGGAUACAAUAUCACGAAUUUUAAAAACUCGUCUAUCUGCAACUUGGUUUAUCUUGGAAUCCUUGAUUUAUCUUAUAACAAGUUUAAUGGAGAACUUCCUCAUUGCUUGGGCAAUACUAGUACUCAAUUAGCUGUACUGAAUCUCCAAUCAAAUAAUUUCAAGGGCACCAUUCCAUCAACAUUUUCUACUUGUGAUUUAUUGCAAUAUGUUGAUUUCACUGACAAUCAGUUAGAAGGAGCUAUACCUCGGUCUUUAUCUAAAUGUAGAAGCCUGACAGUCUUAAAUUUGAGGAACAACAAAUUCAAAGAUGUAUUCCCCUAUUGGUUAGGUAGCCUUCCAUCUUUAGAGGUUCUCAGCCUAUCGUUUAAUAAAUUUCAUGGUGAUAUAACCAACAAUUUAUCAAUAAUUGCAACAUUUCCUUUUUCAAAUCUACAAAUUCUCGACCUUUCAAACAAUAAUUUUUGUGGUAAAUUGCCAUUCAUGUACAUGAAACAAUUUCGUUCCAUGAUGGACGACAUGUCUACUAUAGGAAGUCCAAGGUACUUAGAAAAUAGUAGAGUUGGUGAUUAUAUGUUCUCCAUCAAGAUGACAGUAAAGGGGGUGGAACUGGAUUAUAAGAAGAUAAUUACUUCUAUGUCAAUGUUUGAUAUGUCUAAUAAUCACUUUGAAGGAGAGAUUCCAAAUUCUAUAGGGAUGUUGCGAGCACUUCGAAAUCUUAAUCUCUCGCAUAACCUCCUUACCGGAAACAUCCCUUCCUCCAUCGGGAACUUAUCAUUGUUGGAUGGUUUAGAUCUAUCAUCAAAUAGGCUUAUCGGUGAAAUCCCUCAAGAACUUGUUAGUUUAACAUUUCUCGAGGUUUUUAGUGUUUCAUAUAAUCAACUGGAAGGGCCUAUACCCCAUGGUAACAAUUUUGAUACCUUCUCAUCUUAUUCGUACGAGGGAAAUCUUGAAUUGUGUGGAGCACCAUUACUUGAGUGCAAAAACAAUACUGUUGUGCAAUCUUUGAACAAUGAUAAUGUGGAAGAAAAAACAGAAUUAUCGAUGUGGGAAGUUGUAGUGAUUGGAUUUGGAAGUGGUACAAUAGUUGGUUUGGCUUGGGGGUACUACAUAUUGUCAGUGGGGAAGCCUUUAUGGCUUUUUAAAUUGUUGAACAAGAUGGAAUGGGUUUUACUUCAUUUUCAUGACCACCAUUUCAGUAGAAGAAGUAGAACAAGAAGAACAAAGAACUAAAAGUGAUCAUCUAUCUGAGAAACAUUUCAUUUGUAGUAAGAAGUAGAGUAUGAUGGAAUGAGCCUUUUGGGGCUUUACUUGAAUUGUAGCAUUUUCUUUUUCUUUUCACUGUAUUUUAUUCAUAAUUUUAU